AAUGCAAAAUGUGCACGGCAACAUGUUGCCGGCACGUCGCACAGUGGAUAUCAGGUGGCCAAAAUCAAAAAUCCUAUGAGCGGCUUGGAUAAUACGAAUAAUAUUCAGAUUCACGCAUAUGAUAAGUCUUUCAGAGAUUUUAAAAAUUCAAAUUUCCAGGAAAUUUAAUUUAGGUAAUAUGGACACUUAAAGUUCACCAAUCUACGAUUUGUGUUUUAGAGCGACAUAUGUACGUAUUUAUGUGUCGCAACUACGAAGGAAAAACAUCCAAAAUAGCCCCGCCAUAAGUAUGGUCCACAGUAUGAUUUUUAACGCCAAAAGGUCCAAAGGCCCACUGUGCGGGCAGCUUGUUGCUUGCGAGAGCUUAAUGUUGCUGGCGGGCUGGCGGCGAUGUUGCUGCCGCUCAAAAUUGAACCAGACGCCGGCGCAAGAAAAAGUCCAAUUGGAAAGAGCGAAACGGUGCGGAGCGCGGAAAAUGUGAAAUGUGUUUAAAAAUAACGAAGUAUCGGGAAUAAUAAUUUUGAGCAAGAUGAGCAAGAAAAUGUGGAACAAGAUCUUUAAAUCAAAGUCGCAGAAGCCUCAGCCACUGGCCAAAAUCAAUAAGCGGCACAGUAGGGGCAUCUACGAGGAGUACCAGCAACUCAACGAUUUGCUGGUCAGCGAAAAAGCUCAACUGAAUUUCUGCAAUCAAAGGGAAAACGAAAACGAAAAUGGAAAUGGCAGCAUUAACGUAUUUGAACAGCAGCCGCUGAAGAGUUCUUUCAACUCGUUGCAGCUUAUUGAGGCGCAACAAUCACUGCCGCAACAGCAACAGCAGCAUCAGCAGCAACAGCUGUCCACAUUUUCGCGCGUCCGCAAUACGUUUUCCCUCAAACGCAACAGCAACGGCAGCAGCAGCAGCAGCAAUAAAGGAAAGAAAAAUCUGCCCAAUGCCAAGUCAAGUGAGUCGGACACACCUCCAGGACCCAUGUGGGCGCAGCAACGCCCACUGAACCUGCAACAACAACAGCAGCAGCAACUAACAAUAACAAUCAACUGCAACGCAUUCUGAUUGUUGUCAAUAAGAUCGACGUGUUGUCUACUAACCAACCAACUAACAAUCAUUUGCAUGCCAAACCAUCAGAAACAGCAACAGCCCCAGCAAUUAAGCCAAUUUCUACAAAAUUGACCAAGUGAAAGCGCUAAGUGGGGGGGAAAAUGUAAAUGCUGGAACAGCUGCUUAAUCUGCUUCAUAGAAUCCAAUGCCAAGACGACCUUUUCAUUGACUCCUUCUAGUACUCGUAUUCUUAUCAAUUCCGAAUGAUGUCACCUCCCGUUUGACCAAAUACUCGUAAUGAAAGCGAAAUUGAAAAUCUGAAUGAUUUACUGAGAACUAAGAGAGGAAGGGGCCCUUUCAUUAGGUUCCCAAUGUUUUGGUUCAUGGGAAGCAUCGCCAAGUGUCAAACAGUUGGAAGUUCAAAGUGUGGCCAAGAACUGGAAUGAGAAAACCGUUUGUAUUAUGCUUUACCUUAUUGCACAUCAGAAAACAACACAUUUAUGGGCCUGAUGUCUUAAGUGGCUUAUAGAGCUUGCCCAACAGCGGACCGACAACAGCUGCAACGAAAUGACCCAUGAAAGACUAUGGAAAAUGCUUGGAACCGACUAGACGCGGACUAUUGGAUGGAAUGGAUGUGGAUAGGGAAUCGUUUGAUUAUGAAAGAAGGAACAGACACAUAUAUAGUCUAUUGAAAAUUGCAUUCAUCACUCAGUUGUAGGGCUUUAAACUUUUGAUCUAGUAAACUCUUGACCAUCUGAAAUCACUUGGCCGAAUCAUUGCCAUCCAUUCUCUAUUCUCUCCAUGCAGUCAGAUCUGCUCAGGCUCUCAUUGGACAGGGAUGCUGUUAUUAUUAUAGAUCUCAAGUGGGAAGAGUGGAUUCAUAUAAUGCAGCAGUGGAUUUGAUUCUGUUGCAUUCUGCGGGCGUCAUUAGCACCGACACGGGCCAGAGCAGUCGUGUGCAACGGCUCUUUGCUGGUUUGGGAAAAGAAU